AUGGCAAAUACGGACCAGACUGCGAUCUUGUUGCUGGGAGCAACUGGAUCUGGGAAGUCCAGUUUUCUAGCCUCUCUAGGUCUACCAGCAAAAGUUGGUCAUGGUCUGCAGUCGUGUACUGUUGAACCACAAGGCAUGGAAUACACUACUGCACACGGUGCAAAAUUUGUGCUAGUCGACACACCUGGCUUCAAUGACACCAGUCGAUCUGAUAUGGAAAUACUGGAACGGAUCAUUGGCUUUGUGAUAGCCGAGGAACUUCGAGUUAUUGCGAUAAUUUACUUUCAGACGAUCAACUCCCGGCGAUUGACUGGUUCAAGUCGAAUCAAUUUGCAGUUGCUUCGUGCCAUUGCGGGUGAAGACUUCUAUCCUAGUGUAAUUCUUAUCACUAGUAUGUGGAACAGAUUAGCGGAGGAGGAGUUUGAAUUUGCAAUACACCGUGAAAGAGACUUUCUUGAAUCUGAAAGCGUGUGGAAGCCUUUGCGUGCAAAGGGCGCUGCGUACUUUCGAUGGGAUGAACGUCGAGAACUGACGAGCACUUACACUGCGUCAGAAAUUCUUGAACUACAUGAUCGCUACCAAAACGCCUCAAAUUUACACAUUAUAAACGAGUUAUUGCAAGGAAUGCCUCUUGAAGAGACGACAGCGGGUAACAUCUUGACUUCCGAGCUCUUGAAACGGCAGGAGAAAGAGAGACAAGAGCUGCUGGCCGAGCAAGAAGAGUUAGAAGAAUUGCAGCAACAAACUUCAGUGCUAGAAAAUAUAGCCGCAAGCAAUUUAUCAAAAGCAAGGUAA